AUGAAUGCUGCUAUGUACAAGCAAAUAUUAACCCAAAAUUUUAUACAAUCAGUAUUAGAAAUAGGUCUUGAGGAAUUUGUUUUUAUGCAUGACAAUGAUCCAAAGCAUACUUCAAGGCUUAUUUCUAACUGGUUGGAUAAAAAAGAAAUAAAAAUUUUAGACUAUCCUCCUCAGAGUCCAAUUAUGAACCAUAUUGAGGCAGUAUGGGCCUUGGUAAAAUUAAAAUUAGGUAAAUUAAAAAGAAAUGAAUUAAAAGAAAAGAUGAGUGAGAUUUGGUAUUCAAUACUUAAUGAACUGAUUCAGAAUUAUGUUAUUAGCUUUCAUAAAAGAUGUUUAGCAGUUUUUAAUGUAAAAGGAAAUAGCACUAAAUAUUAA